UUUAAUAUUAGCCUGUAAACAGGUCUUCAUGAAUCAGCACAAGCCGUAUGGACUAGCUAGCGGAUAUUUAGAAUGGUAUGAGUUUGAAUAAAUCAAUUGUCACUGAACGUUUAGACCUACUGAUUUACUAUAUUAUGUGUAAAUACUUAAACCACCACUGAAUCCUUAAAACAUUUUAGUCUCUUAUAAAAACCCUGUAGGACUAUGAGCACUGGAGAAUGUCCGUUGCUGUCUGUCCAGCCCAGUCGAGGUCUGGUGGAUGAGAGGUUUCAGAUUGUCGUAAUGAACUUAUUGCCAAAUCAGGAGGUGACGCUACAUGCUUUACAUCAGUCAGAAGACAAAGACUUCUGGGAGGCAUUUGGACACUACAUCAGUGAUCUACAUGGGACAGUGACAGCGGCCAAAGAUGAAAGUUUAGGAGGCACUUAUGAAGGGACAGAGGCCAUGGGGUUGCUGUGGAGCAUGAGGCCUGUACCAGGAAGCCGAAGUGGACUCAGAUUGCGUAGGGUGGACAUACUUACACCUAUGAUAGUCCACAUUUCAGAGUACAGUGGUCAUCUAUCUGAAGGCUUCAGCCAGCAAACAGCCCUUGCAGCCAGUGUCACAGAGCGCUGGUACAUAGCACCGGGGGUGCAGCGGGUGGAUGUUAGAGAAAGAGGACUGAAAGGAACUUUAUUUAUUCCUCCAGGUCCAGGACCUUACCCAGGAGUGCUGGACCUGUGGGGAGGAGGUGGUGGUUUAGUUGAGUAUCGCUCUGCCCUGUUGGCAUCUCACGGCUUUGCCUCACUGGCACUAGAGUACCUGAAUCGCAAUGAUAAGAAAAUGGCAGAUGCUGAUACAUCUUACAUUGAGGAAGCAUAUCAGUUCUUGCAGAAUCAUCCAAAGGUACAAAGGGACCGCCUGGCUGUGGUUGGGCUCUCAUUUGGAAGUUCAGUUACACUUAGCAUGGUGGCCUCUAAUAUCAUCAAGCCCCAGUGCUGUGUGUGUAUCAGUGGAAGUCAUGUGGUUCCUGUUGAUAAACCAAUAAUCAAAGUCUUUCAGAAUUUGAAACUGUGA